UGUUAUUUUGGCAUGAGCAAGAGAGGAGAUUGGUCCGAAGAUGAAGAAUGUCAAGCUUGGUACAAAAUAUAAUGUGACGGAAACAAAGGCAAUGAUCAACGAUUUUAAAAAAAAUAGCAGCGGAUCGAGGGGAAGUUCAAAACUGUCAUUCCAUGUUCCGAUCUCUCCCAACAACCGAUGGAGCUGUACAAAAUCCUUUGCCAAAGAGCGAGUUCUGACUUCUGAUUUAGAAAGUAGAACCAAGCAUAUAGCAUCUUAUGGUCGAUAUAUUAGGCGAAAUACUGAUACCGCAUAUGAGAUGUCACAGGAGAAGGACCCCAUAAAUCUGUAUGAACUAAAUCAAAUGGUUCUUCAUAAAUUGUCUCACUCGAUGCAAAAGAAUUCUGAGAAGCUUUUGCUUCAAUAUAGCUCAAACAAUUUGACCAUGAACCAAUAGAGUGCUCAAAUUUAUUGGGCAAUAAAUUUUGACGAAACAUCGCCAACAAUAUAGCCGAAUUUGGAUGACCUAAUCGACAAUGCCACAAAUCCCAAAUUGAAAUAUUCUUGUUCAAACCUAAGCAGUCGAAUUAACAGAAAAAUUUGAAACUAGUCCUGUCGAAGAAUUCAUCAGUGUAGUGGACUUAGUCGGAUAUGCAUCUGACUCGCCAACGUGUACAUGCACCCCAUGCACAUGUUCAAGACCUACAUGCACCCCAUGCACAAUCAUCCUCAGUUAACUGCCCUACUGAAAAUAUAUUAGGAAGUAAACUAGGAACAUAUAAAGUAUACGGGAGAGUGAUGGCAUGUGACGAGGCAGUGCCACGACCAUUAAAAAACAAGGGACCACCAAUGGCCAUCCUAAGAUUCAUGUGAGAAACAAUUUGCAACUUAUCAAAGGUAGAACACACAUGAGUCAUAUGAUUAAAGUGUCGAAUUGAGCAACCACCGAGGAGACUUACCUGACAUGGCACCUGUGCUAAAGGCCGAAGUCAAAGGCUCUUGCAACGCCUCUUGUAUCAUUCUCCUGACUAGCUCUAGACUAAAGGAAGAUCCCUCAUUGCUACUCGAAGAAGACCCACCCAAAGUCGUAGGAGAAUUAGUAUCAACAUAAACCGAGCAAUGUCCUCGUGGUGGAGCACUUCGCGUGGAUGAGGAGCCAGCAUUGGUAGAACCAUGAUUGGAAAAUCGAAUCUUGCCCUUUUUGCUCAACGUUGGCCAUUCUAAAACAAUGUGACCUGUCUUCUUACAGUAGUGCAGUAGUUAUGUUUCUUGUAAUGAAUUUGAACAUGCCCGGGUUCCUGACAAAAGUGACAAAACACCUCUCCCGAGCUCGGUUGGCCGAAUUGAGGUCGAGCGGAAUUCCCUAAGCUACCAACUACAAAGGCAGAUUCCGACGAUCAACUAUCUAUGUGUGUCUGACUCUUCACGAAUCAAUUCAGCCACAACCUCAUUCAGUUUAGUAAUGCCACGAUGAAUCAACGAUGCCCUAAUUUGCUCAUUGUCAGACCACAACUUCACCAAGAAUUGCAUAAAACGUGGUUGUGUCCUCUCUUUUUGAACCUUAGCAGAGGCGUCCCCAGUCAACAAAGAGGUCGUGACAAGAUCAUAUUCAGUCCAGAUGUGCAAACAAUGCUUAUAGUAGCUUCUUAUAUCCUGAUCUCCUUGAGCAAGACCCGACAUAUCCCAUUCCAAUUCAUAUAAAUGAGAGGUAUUUGCGCCCGAGAGUACGUACUGCAAAUAUGCCUCCACAUCUCAUGGGUUGUCCCAAGUCGACGAAGACUCAAUGCUAUAUGUACAUCGAAGGAAGCCAAGAGUGUCAUCACGACCUAGGCAUUGAGGGUCGCACAUUCCUCCUUCUGCUGAUGAGUGGCGUCGGCACCAGGCCGCUUCGACUUCCCCAUCAAUACAGACGACAACUUCUUACCAAUAACGAAGUUCCGAAAUUGGAACUCACACAACGGGAAGUUGUUCCCAUCAAAACUUAGUUGUGACCGUGUCCACUUUAUUAGGAUCCAUUCUCGCAAACUCCAACCAGAUUAGCAAUCAACGAAUGCGCCAGAACCAAACAAACCUAGGUAUGGCUGUUGCAACCUUCGCUGCACGAACGCGCAACAACGCCGAACCAAAACCUACUGCGCCAAAGAUUGUAGUCAAUCAAAAAAAUACCAAGCCUCGGAUCAGAAGGGCUCUGAUACCAUAUCAUACUAAAUAAAAAAAACAAGAUUUAACGUAGUUUUUCUAAAUGCCCGGACUAAUCCACGGAGAAUCUUAAGUCUCCAAAGUCAAUCUUAUUAUUUAGAGAUGCCAUUGUGCCAGAGCUUGAACAUACGUGCGGUGUGGUCAUUAGAAUUCAUGUAAUCUAAUCCAAAGAAAUUACAAGUGAUCAGGUAAGGGGGUUCGCUUUUUUGCCAUAUAUAUAAUCAUUUGGCCACGCUCGAUCCAUUUUCUCCCUCUUGCUACGAGCCUUUGCCUUUUGUCUUUUUCACUUUACUCCUAUAGCUAGCUUCCCCUUCUUUUUUGGUUUGGCUAAAGCUUAAAGCCAAUAAAAACUAGAAAAAGCAUUGGGAUCUGAUCAUCAGCAGAAGAGGGAAUAACCUAUAAAGGUGGGCUAGGAAAUUCAGCAUAUAUGUGGUUAAUAAUCAUUGAUUCAUUUCACUAUUACCUAGUUGCCUCUCAUUAAUCUGCGUCAAGAGUGCAAAAGUGGAAGGAAGAGAAAUUAGCAAUUCCUUCCAGCGACGGAUUUGAGGGCGGCUACAUGCUUGUUUUUCUCUUGCAAUAGCUGUCUGCCAUGAAUGAUCACCGAAAAGCGUAAGAAUUGCUUGUAGGCCGUUACGGUUCCUCCAUGCAUGAUACCAAGAAGAAGAAGAAUAAGAAAAUAAUUCGGGCGGUUAAAGUGGAUCGCUCAAAUGCUUUCAUUUCUUUAUCACAAACGUCUGGGAAAUGGAUGGGACGAAAGUCCCCUCAAGAAGUUCCUGGUUUCAGUCCUUGUGUGUAACUUACGAUCUUAUCGCAGAAUUUGCUAACUGAAAGUUCAUGGAUGAUUAACUUCCUUUUCUUUCAUUUUUAUGAUUUAUAAUUGAGGAAAAUAGAUCACAAGACAGCACAAAAUGUGUUAUAUUGGGAGAUGAUCAACAACAAAUUAUUGGUCUCGUGCGCUUUUUUUCAGAGCACAGAUUACUCCUCCUAGUAACGAUUUUUAGCUUUUACGGAGAGAGACUUGCUGUUUAGAGGAGUGAGCAUAUAUCAUUUAUUGAUUCGAUACAAAAUCUAAUCAAAUAGGGAUAGUGUUGAACCAAAAAUAAAAGAAAAAUCAUUUCUGCCGCCGAAAUUGAUUCUGCUUGUCAAUCAUCGACCUAGAGUUCCCACACUGUCAGCAUGGAGAAUAUAAAAGCCUAGAAAUCAGAAUAGCUCUACUGCGAGACAGCCACACAGGCUAGAUCCUGCAGGCAAAAGAAAUUUUCUUCGAAAUGAUAGGUUUCACUUUGAAAAUCGUAUUACUGAGGCAAGAGCAUCAUGAUCUCAAAAUUCACUAAUCCUGUGCUAAAAGGUUCGCAAACACUCUACUUCUGGUCAGAUAGACAAGAUCUAAUAGAUUUACUGCUUACGACCCCUUCCUCUUUUCGUCGCCUGCGUUUCCAUCUGCUCUUUUCCGGUAACGUCUGAUAUAUCCGCUGCAAUGUUACAGAUCAAGAAGGAACCGGAAAAUGAGUCAGGCCAAUUCAGAGAUCAUACAUACCCCAUAAUUUACAAACAGAACUUAUCCAUAGAGCUGCCCUUCUUAUGGACAGACGCAACACAUCUGGAAUCAAGAAGAUGGGGUAGUUGGCAGGACCAGGGCAGCCAGUUAAAUUUAGUCGAGCUAUUAGCAGACAGUGGAAGAAUCGAAUUCACUGUAUUGUGGGACAUUAUUAUUCUUAAAAAGAAAUGUUAGAAACUUAG